AUGAUCCUUCAACAAUCUUCCAAACUUCUGAUGCAUCUGCUAUUUAUUGCUAUCCUUUUUAUGAGCGCACAAAGUCUAAACAAUAUUAUAAAUGAGCUAAACAAGCGUCUACUUAUCUCCACAAACUUUUUAUACUGCAACCAACCCGAUAAACUACAUAAAUAUGAGUACAAGUAUCUGCGACAUAUGCCACUUAUUAACCUCAUGAUCUUCACUUCAACGGAAUCCUUAAACGUCACCCAACUUGAAUAUAAUUUAGGAGCUGACAACAAACUCUUUUUGAUUUUGGGCAAUGACGAACCGCCCUAUGAUUUAUUUCACAAUUUGGACUUACAUUUUCAGACAUCUGAAUAUAUAAUUGUUAUAGAUAACCAUUUGGAUUUGGAGAGGGAAACCGAGUGGUUGGAUUUUGUCAAGCACCUUUGGCAGCUGGGUUAUGUACAUUUGCUGUUCUACACCUCUUAUGAUGAGAAGUUAUAUCACAAAAUCAUAUUUCCUAAGAUGCUGAUAGAGGAGGCUUCCGUAGAGCACUAUAUAUCGAUUCGAGGAUCGUUCAAGAACCUAUAUGGAUAUCCGGUUCGUGUGGCUGCCUAUAAUAAUGUGCCACGUUCUAUGAUCUAUGUGAAUCGGUGGGGCAAAGAGGUAUUUGCCGGUUUUUAUAUGCGAUUUAUUCGUGCUUUUAUAGGCUCAAAAAAUGGAAGCUUUGUGCCAGUUCUUACGCCAAGUGAUUCUCCUGGAAAUUGUACUUUAAACUUGUACAAUGAAACUGUGGAUGUGUGUGCAGAUGCCCUGGCAGCCAAUACAACUGCCUUUAGUUUGACCCAUGGAUUCAGGAUAGCCGCGGCCAAUGUUUUUGUGACCCAUGCCAAACCAAUGCACUCAUAUCGCUAUCUAACCGCUCCAUUUCAAUGGAGUGUAUGGCUCUGUUUGGCCGCCUAUGUCGUCCUGGUUGUGGGUUUCCUCAGCUUUAUUUACUGGCUAAAAAGUGGAAAAUGGGACAUCAGUCGCCAUCUCCUCGAGGUCUUCAGCUCGCUUUUGUUCAGUGGAUUUUAUCUGAACAACAUUCAUGGAAGAGAGAGAUACAUAAUCUUUGGGGUGAUGUUCAUAGCUGGAUUCGUUUACUCCACGGAGUAUUUGGGCCUACUGAAAAGUAUGUUAAUCUCCGAGGUUUUCGAGAAGCAGAUCGAUACUAUUGAAGCGUUGGUAGAGAGCAAUAUAACCCUGAUGGUGGAUCCUUACGAUCAGAAGUUGUUUGCCAAGUACAACAUGCCCCAGUUACUAUUUACCAUAAUGGAGAAUGUGACUUUUGAGACGCUCUUGGAGCACAGGAAUCGGUUCGAUCAGGAUUACGCAUACAUAUUGUUCUCGGAUCGAAUGGCCUUGUACGAUUAUGCCCAGCAGUUUCUGAAGCAUCCGAAAUUGCUGAGAAUACCCAUUGACUUUUCGUUCCUCUACACCGGCAUCCCGAUGCGGAAGAAGUGGUUCCUGAAGCACCAUUUGGGACAGGCCUGGUACUGGGCCUUCGAGAGCGGUCUUACGAGGAAACUGGCCUUGGAUGCCGACUUCGAGGCGGUUCGCGUGGGCUAUCUAAAAUUCCUCAUCACGGAGCACGUGGAGGCACAGCCCCUGGAUGUGGAUUAUUUCGUCAUGCCGGCAAUUGCUCUGGUCAUCGGCUACAUCCUGGCCUUGCUAAGUUUUGUCAUCGAGAUGACGGCCUGGCGCAUGAGCGGAUUGUUCCUGGGAUGCAGAUCCCAGGCGCAGAGGAGCAUCAAGAUGAGGACAAGUGCCGGUUGA